AUGGCCAAGUUCGCCGGCAAGGACGCGUUCCAUCUACGCGUUAGGGUUCACCCUUUCCAUGUGCUCAGGAUUAACAAGAUGCUUUCCUGCGCCAGAGCCGAUAGGCUUCAGACUGAUGUUGGUAGUGAUGUUCCGAAAUAUAUUUACAACUACCUUGCAAGGCCUUUGGAGGAAUGCCGAAUGGCUUCUUAUGAAGAAAGGAGUGCCGCUUUCAAAGCUGCAGAGCGGCUUCAAGAGAGUCUGCAAUCUGAAAAUCCAUCUUUUGUCAAAUCGAUGGUUCGGUCUCAUGUCUAUAGCUGUUUUUGGUUGGGUCUUCCUUCUAAUUUCUGUGAGACUCAUCUCCCACAAUCACCGGACUCUGAACUGAUACUAGAGGAUGAAGAUGGAAAUGAAUAUGAUGCUAAAUACAUUGCCAAGAGGACUAGUCUUAGUGGUGGUUGGAGAGGUUUUGCAUUGGAACACAAGUUGGACGAUGGUGAUGCACUUGUGUUUGAAUUGGUUGAACCCACAAGGUUUAAGAUCUACAUAGUUAAGGUGACAAAUCAAGAACAUUGCAAGAAGGACAAAGUGAAGAGUGCUGGAAAGCCAUCAAAGGCAGCCAAGAAGCCUGACCAAGACACUAACAAAAAACAAAGGUCAAAGAAAGCUACCACUGCUGAAAUAAUUGACAUAAAAACACCCCCAGAGCUUCUACCAGAGAGCCCAAAAAGUGAAGCUGUACUACCAUAUAGACUCAGGAAGAGAGCAUAGGGUGAACUGUAACUAGGAAAGCUUCACAAGUUUUGGCAUCCCCUGAAAUCGAUCAGAACAUGAUCAGAAUAUGGUGAUA